ACAAGAGAGUAUCACAAAUGAUGUCACAAAUGAUGUCACAAAUGGAUAAUGAAAGUGCUCAGUAACCUGAGGAGAAAGCACUGCUCUCCGUGUGUUCACCAUCUGAACACGGAUCCCAUCCCUUUCACAGUCACACUCAGCCUGAUGCACUUCAGUUUGCUCUGCCUUUAUCUGUCUUUGGGUCUGUCAUACAAUUCAAGAAGAAGGUGGUACUCAGAAUGGCAAUCCUGUGUGCCUGCAGCGACAGAGGAAUCAGAGGAGGAGCCGAAGCUGGAGCAGGAAUCUCAGAAAAAAUGUACAGUCACCACGGAGCCCUCAGGAAAUCAGAUUCUCUUCUGUUCAUCAAACUUGGAUACUACAUCCAUAUCUGAAAGCUCUCAGACUUUGGAAGGUGGAGACAGGAAGAUUAAACAUUCAAGAUUGGAGUCUUGCUAUGUAACCCACACUAACCUUGAAUUCAACACCUUCCUGCCUCAGCCUCCUGAAUCGUGGAGCUAUUGGAGCACCUUAAUACGACAGGACUAAACUUCACAUCAUCAUGUAGCUACAUAAAAUAUUUUUAAAGGGAAAUCAAACAUUCCACAACUAUAGCACUAGCAACCAGGUCUAUUAUACUGAUUUCCCUCCCAGGUGCCAAUCACAUUUGAAUUGCACUUUCGCUAUAUUGAAAAAAAAAAAAUAGCAAGAGCUUUCUGUCUGACAGGACUCAUCUCUAUCACUCACACUCUGAUAGAGGAUCAGGGAUCAUCUCAGAAGUAGGAAGAUCCUUAAGAGAAAGAAAUCAGGGAAGACUGCAGCAAAAUGAUGUUUAUCACACGCGACAAAACUGCUGUGUACAUGAGCUAUAAACACAGACCUGAAUAAGAACAAGCCAACCAAAUACCCAGCUUGGAUGGGACAGGCCUUAUGAAGUCCCAACCCUAGCUGAAGAGCUAUUGGACAGUGAUGUCCUGGAGGUGGGGCAGGCAUCAGUUUGCUUCAGGGAUAUGAUCCCUAAUAAGUUUUUCAUGCUGCAGUAAAUAGAACUAUGUACAUUCUAUGAGCACCAGGCAGAUGCAGUGGCUUUAAAAAAGAAUACAGGAAAUGGUGAGGGAAAAGUGACAUGGGGAAAAUGAGAGGAAUUGGAGGGGCGAGAGUGGGGGUGGAUUUGAUUGAAACAAUUAGACACACGUACGAAAAUUUCAAGCAAUAAAAUUAGACAUAAUAAGCACAAAUUUUCCAAAGUUGAAAGUUUGCGUUCCAACUGUGGUUUUUAUUAACUAUGACUCAACUGUCACCUAAUGAAACAUUAAAAUAGUAUUACUAAGAUAAGUCCCAAGACAACUUCAUUAUUCCUUUAGGAAAGUUAUUUUCAUCAUCGUCUUCAAGAUGUUAGGAGUGUGACAAGAAUGUGAGCCUCACAGGAUACUUCGGGGACUAACCUUGGAUUAAAAAGACAGACUACACCGAACACAACCCAUAAAAUGGAAGAAGCCGCAAGCCAAAGCUUAGAGGAAGAUUUUGAAGGACAGGCCACACACACAGGACCCAAAGGAGUAAUAAAUGACUGGAGAAAGUUUAAAUUAGAAAGUGAAGAUGGUGAUUCAAUUCCACCCAGCAAGAAGGAGAUCCUCAGACAAAUGUCCUCUCCUCAGAGCAGAGAUGACAAAGACUCGAAAGAAAGAAUGAGCAGAAAGAUGAGCAUUCAAGAAUAUGAACUAAUUCAUCAGGACAAAGAAGAUGAAGGUUGCCUUCGCAAAUACCGCAGACAGUGCAUGCAGGAUAUGCAUCAGAAGCUGAGCUUUGGGCCUAGGUAUGGGUUUGUGUAUGAGCUGGAAACAGGGGAGCAAUUCCUGGAAACCAUCGAAAAGGAGCAGAAGGUCACCACCAUCGUGGUUAACAUUUACGAGGAUGGUGUCAGGGGCUGUGACGCACUCAACAGCAGUUUAGAAUGCCUUGCAGCAGAAUACCCAAUGGUCAAGUUCUGUAAAAUAAGAGCUUCGAAUACUGGAGCUGGGGACCGCUUUUCCUCAGACGUACUCCCGACAUUGCUCGUAUACAAAGGUGGGGAGCUCAUAAGCAAUUUUAUUAGUGUCGCUGAACAAUUUGCCGAAGAUUUUUUCGCUGCGGAUGUGGAGUCUUUCCUAAAUGAAUAUGGCUUACUACCAGAAAGAGAGAUACAUGACCUAGGGCAGACCAACACGGAAGAUGAAGAUAUCGAGUAAGCACGCACGGUGCAGUAUCUCGUGACUAUCCUUUGCACAGUGAACAUCGAUGGUUUUUUUGGUAGUAUCUAUAUUCCUUUAGCAAACACUAAAUACAGUCAGGCCAACUCAAAUUGGGGAGGGGACACUAAAAUUAUGUAAAUAGCAUUUUUAGUACUAAUUAUUCAAAUUGAGAUAAUAUUUUACUGCAAAAAAUAUUGUGGUUCUGAGCAAAUAACUACUGAACAGAGGAGGUGGGUGAUGUCAACAUUAGGUCAUUGUAAAAAUCCCUUUCCAGUUCCGUGUUAGCUUUUUACUCCUCCUUUUCCCCUUGGCAUUUAUUUUUGGGCUUUUGAGGCUGAAUGCUACUUAUAAAUUGGUUUGUAUGAUAAGAAUAAAGUCCUAUGAAGAA